GAGCAAAGCCUGGAUGAACCCUAUAUCGCCCGACUUAGCUUUUCAUCCUUCAGCAUGUCUUAUGUCUUGGUCGGACAUAGUUCCAGCUCGGCACUUCAUCCUGGAGAACUUGAGAUGAACGAUCGGUUUUAAUUUGACACACUACGAAGGGGAGUCCUCUUUUAGGUCACCGGUGACAGUUUCAGCACCAGUAUAACCAGCAGUAGAGUGAUAUUACAAGUAUUACUAGUAUUACAGUAUUACCUGUAGGCGUAGAUGUACAAGCUGUCGAUCGGUGUUUCUACCCUUGUUUCAGUCUCGACUACAGUCCGUGUACCUAGAGUUGUAACCGGAUCAAUGUUUGGAAGCAGAUAGGCUGUACAUCGUAGAACGCGCCAUUCUCUAUUCAGUAGAUAGACAAUUUCACGCAAUUGUGUCGUUAGGUUGUGAGGCUGCACUAUGACCAGCACUGCACAAGAAGCACACACCAGUAGCACCAGCGACCUGAGCUGUUGUGAGUCGAGCACCAGCAGCGAUCCAGCAUCGCCCAAUCUCACUACCAACAAUACCAGUGGCGACAAGAACAAUAUCAUCAUCCCCAACAGCGCCAGCACCAGCAGUAGCAGCAGUAGCAAUAGUGACAGCACCAGUGACAAUAGCACCUUUGGCAGCGGCAGCAGUAGUAGCAGCGACAGCGAAGAGGGACCAAAUCGAAACCAUCACCACCACCAACAAGAUCAGCAAGAGCGACAUUUCCAGCAACAACAGCAGCCAGCGGCGGUGCUCUCGUCCUGUGCUCCCGACCUUCCCCGUGUUCCCGUAGCAGUGACCGGAGACAAGCUUCACAUCACGGUCGAACAAGCGGAACAGACGCUAGAUUCUGAGGAAAAUGCAGACGCUGCCUUCUGCUCCCUCCCGGCUUCCCUGAACCCGUUCGCGUUGUCCGAUGCCAACAGUAGUAGAGGUGGCCAGGACGACGACGAAGAGUUACUGGAUGAAGUCUUGAAGAACCUCAACUCGGAUCCGGUCUUUGCCCAUGUCGUGGCAGCACCGUCCGCAGCUGACGAGGCAUUGGCGCACGCAUUUAGCGAUUCAUCCGGUGUGUACACCUCCUCGUCCGGCCUUGUAGCAAACGUGGCGUCCGCUCAGCCCUCGAACUCCUUUCACAUCGUCGGUUGUCAGCAGCCAGGCGCGGAUCUGACGCUGGCUGCACACGGCACGGCUACUGGAGGUAGGAGCAGCAGUUCUGGUGGCGCUGGUGCCAGUACUGCUGCCGCUGCCGCUGCUGCUGCCGCCGCGUAUCACCCAAAUGCUGGCAACUCGGCCCACCCGUCGAUGCGGGUGGUUUUCAAUGCAACAUAUGAGUAUGGCUUACGACAAGGAAACAACCAUGGCAGCGGUGGCGGUGGCGGUGGUGGUGGUGGCGUACCAGCAGCAAGCCAUUCUCACAACCCUCACCACUCUCACCCGCACCAGCAUCAUCAUCAUCAACAGCAGCAGCAGCACUCCCACCAGCAGCAUCAGCAUGCCAUGCAUGGCCAGUCUCAGUCACUGGGCUCUGCAGUGGCUGCUGCUGGCCUCGUGGGCAACAGCAACAAUCCACUGGCCCUACACGCAGCCUUCCUGCCACAACCCUGGGAUCACGAUUCAGCUCCACCAGUGGAUUUCACAGGCACACCUUUGCAGCUGGCAAAUGCUACACUUCCCAAUGCAGCAGGCCACCAGUUCUUCAGCCAAGAUAUCAAGCCGGCACUGCACGUCACCGCCAAUGGUCUGGACCCGGUAGUCGGCGGUGGAGGCAACGGUGGCGGGCUUAUGGCGGCCGAUCUAGCCUCCGUGUCUACAUGUGGCAUGUACACGACCUUACAGCCGAGAGGAGUAGCAGCUAACAUGGCGGGUGUUGGGCCAGAGCAGUUCGGCCACGCCGACCAAAUGGGAGGCACUCCGUCGCCAAUGUUCUCCACUGGUCGGCUACAAGUACCGAAGAACGUCAGACUACCGCAACGUCGUGGUGCAAUGCAGCUGUGGCAAUUCCUCUUGUCACUGCUCGAUGAAACCACCGGUGACGCGACACUGAUCAAGUGGACGGACCACAGUCAACUGGAGUUCUGCCUCCUGGAGCCGGAGGAAGUGGCCGUGCGGUGGGGCGAGAUUAAGCACCGUCCAGCCAUGAACUACGACAAACUGUCACGUUCGCUGCGCUACUACUACGACAAGGGCAUCAUGCAGAAGGUGUCCGGAGAGCGCUACGUAUACAAGUUCACCUGCCCGCCAGAGUUGCUGUACCGUGCCCUGGGAGAUCGCGAGACGUGCGUCAAGACCGGGCCACGGCCGCAGGUGCGCCGCACCUCGCUGAGCGGUUCCGCCGCGGCCAUGCCACACUUUGGUAGGGACCCGCUGCGGUGCGGCGGUCCAGGCGAUGCCGGCUCAGUGGCCGUUAGUAGCAGUACUGGCUACGAUAAGCAGGGUAUGGCGGGUGAGCCGGUGCUCUAUGCAGCCGGCAGUGUCUCGUCCCUUCUCUCGCCCGGCGGUCACGAGUCGAAGACCAUUCUGCACCCCUUCAGUCCUAGCAUGCCAAUGCAUAUUGGACACGGACCGGCUGCCGGGGGCUUCCCCGCCGCUUCGAGCCAUCGUCACCACUAUACCUCCGGUCGCAAGUCUUAGCUGUGAUUUCCUUGCAAGCCGCGGGUCCACAUCUUACAAUGGUCUUGGUUAACAAGACUCGCACAGCAACUGCAGACUCAACCGGAUAGGUGGCUAGUACUGUAGCUGCCGCAGCCACACCCGCAUGCAGCCACCAUACUGAACUUGUUACUUCCUCCUAUACCCUCUAAUGGCGGGCCCACUCACUCACACUGUCAUGUCUACCAUGGGAUUGGUCACAAACACAAUCCACCGACCCGGCAGCCAAGGGGAAAACCCCGGUACAAGCCCUUCAACAGUGAUGUUCUGCUGCCAUGGUUACCAUGGCGAAGCACUCAUGCUGCCUUGUGCUCUGUCCUCACACCCGAUGUCCUGUGUCACGGAAUGACAAACCUACUGCGUGAGAAAGCAAAUUACUCACGCUCAGCAGCGGUUCACGUUUCGAGGACAGCACCUUGUGCAAACCAGCCUCCAUGCAGAGACAUCCUCUCCAAUAAACAAAAGAUCCAAAGCAACAUCCCGCAUUCACAAUACCAGUGAGCUGCAAUACAACGGAGUACAAGUCGCACUGUUCGGCAAGUAAUCCAGUUCAGCUUUUAUGAUUUGAGCCACAUAUUCGUGAACGUACAUACCGGAGACAUUCUCUACAACACUGCCAUUGAGCGUUGUUAUGUACAUGUACAAUUCGCUCGUUUUGAUUGUUUUUCAGCCAAAAAAUAUUCUAUUUUGCACACAAAUCAUAGGCACCCCACCCUGGCACAGUGCCUUGUACGUGACACGGGGUAAUAGUAUAAUAAUAAUAAGCAUCUCAAGGCAGGAAUCUGACGUGAAUUUCAUUGGCCCUGGCUUGGUCCAGAAAUGCAAAAUUUCCCCCAAAACUUUUCCAAACGUGCUGUUAUUGUUAUUGUUGUUAUUUGUUAUCAUUCUAUUUGUGUUUGCGAUCCUGCCUGGAUGGAAGGCAACACGGCUGCCAUGCGCAUACAGUGACAUGUUUGUACCAGUAGCAGUCGGAGUACACUUGUUAUCACGGUAUCUUCA